AGUGGACGAUACCCUUGAAGCGUUGCCGUCUGCAACAGCAGUAGUUUAGUAAUUCAACCGUCAUCAUGGUUGUCGAAUCGGAUGAUUCUAGUUUUCGCCAACUGGAAUACUUCUCUUUAGUCUCAAAAGUUUGCACAGAAUUAACAAAUCAUUUGGGUUUAGAUGACAAAGUCCUGGCUGAAUUUGUUAUUCAUUUGGCUAAGAAAAAUCCAACUUUUGAAAAAUUCAAAAGUGCUUUGGAAAAGAAAGGUGCAGAGUUUACGGACCCAUUAAUAGCCAGUAUUUUACGUCUAGUUGAGAAAAUGCUUCCAAAGAAGGAGAAAGUUACUAAAAAGAAGGCAUUGACAUCUUCAUCUAACAAGAAACAUUCUGAGUUAGAUGUUGUCAAAAACAAACUAGAAUUAAGAAAGCGACUUUUACCUGCGUUGUGUAUGCCAAAUGAAGAUCCAAACGACGAGCGAUUAAAUGUGGAAUCUGAAAAUGUAGAACCAUGCAGUGAUACUGAUAAAAAGGACGGGAUUCGUAACAAAUUCGUUCAUCCUGAUGAACUGGAAGAGGAAUUCCAUAGUGAUAAUAUCAAUAAUAAAAAUGAUUGUGUGGAUGACGUCGAAGCUUUGGCUAUGAUUAAAGACUUGGAAUUAUUGUUAUCCGGUGCUAAAGAAGCAUCCUUAUCUAAGUCAAAGCCACGUGACGAAAGGAAAAGUGAAGAUAGACGUGCUCGUCGUUCACAUUCUAAAUCUCCUCAUCGUUCACGACAUUCAAAUAGAAGAGCUCAUCAAAGAAAUCCCGAUGCAUCUAGUGAUUAUCGUGGUCAUCGUAAAAAGUCCAGAUCACCUCAUGGGAAGGAAUCCAGAUCCCCGUCGCCCCACUACAGACAUCGAUCUAAGGAUCAUUCUCCAGCUAACAAAUCGUCUUAUCAUAGAGACCGAUCACGAGCUGAUCAUAUUUCACCUAAAAGGUAUUCUCAUGGUUCGAAUAGCCCAAAUUACGAAAAUAAACGACUCAAAGAUCCUCCUUCAGAACCUAUUGUGGGCGAUAUCUAUCGUGGUAGAGUUACAAACGUGCUAGCAUUUGGAGCUGUUGUUCAGUUAGAUGGACUUCGUAAGAGAUGGGAAGGUCUGGUGCAUAUUUCUCAGCUACGUCAAGAAGGUCGUGUAGCCAGUGUUGGCGAUGUUGUUAAUCGUAAUCAAAAGGUCUGGGUAAAAGUUAUCUCGUUCACUGGUACUCGAACUGGUCUUAGUAUGCGUGAGGUGGAUCAAGAGACUGGUGCCGAUCUGAAUCCUUCACGCUUGCCUGAGAAGAAAUCCAAUAAUUCUAGUGAAUCGUUAGAUAAAGAUAAAAUACGCCUCGUAGAUGAAGAGGAUAUCGAUGGUGUUCGGAAUCCUGAUCGUCCUGCAGCUAACUCUGGACCAGGAAUUUUCGGUAGACGUAAAGAAAUGGGAUUUGAGGAAGACAUUGAAUCUGGUCCCAAACGGAAGGUUCAACGAAUUAGUAGUCCAGAACGCUGGGAAUUAAAACAAAUGAUGUCAGCUGGUGUAAUUGAAAAGACAGAACUACCUGAUUUCGAUGAAGAAACUGGACUUUUACCACGUGAAGAUGAAGAAUCUGACGAAGAUAUUGAAAUUGAACUUGUUGAAGAUGAACCACCAUUUCUUAAAGGUCAUGGUCGACAUGCAAUGGAUUUGUCUCCAGUUAGAAUAGUCAAGAAUCCAGACGGAUCAUUACAACAAGCUGCUAUGAUGAGACAAGCUCUACAAAAAGAAAGACGUGAAAUGAAACAACAAGAAAGACAAAACCAAGUAACAGCUGAACGAGAGACUGCUCCUGAACGAAUGGGUAAAGAUUGGCAUGAUCCAAUGGGGUUCACAUUGGACAAUGAACCACAGUUUUCAGGUUCACGUUCAGCUGACCAGUUUAAAGAUGUACCGGAAUGGAAACGUGCUGUUCAAGGGGGUACGAGAACUGGAGCUGUUGGUAAAAAGAUUGUACGCUCUAUUCUUGAACAACGUCAAGCUUUACCUAUAUUCAGACUAAAAGAUGAGCUAAUGAAGGCGGUGAAUGAUAAUAAAGUAUUGAUUGUUAUUGGAGAAACUGGUAGUGGGAAGACUACCCAAAUAACACAAUAUCUAGCUGAAGCAGGUUAUGUCAACACUGGUCGCAUUGGAUGCACUCAACCACGUCGAGUAGCAGCUAUGUCUGUAGCUAAACGAGUAUCUGAAGAAUUUGGUUGUCGUCUAGGGCAAGAAGUUGGUUAUACGAUACGUUUUGAAGAUUGUACUGCGCCAGAGACAAAAAUCAAAUACAUGACAGAUGGUAUGCUGUUACGUGAAUGCCUUAUUGAUCCGGAUUUACGCCAAUAUUCAGUAAUUAUGUUGGAUGAAGCACAUGAACGAACAAUACAUACAGAUGUAUUAUUUGGUUUAUUGAAAAAAGCUAUUCAAAAACGAGAUGAUAUGAAGUUAAUUGUCACUUCAGCUACUCUUGAUUCAGUCAAAUUUUCUCAGUACUUUUUUGAAGCUCCUAUAUUUACUAUACCUGGUCGUACAUAUCCUGUUGAAAUAUUGUAUAGUUUAGAACCGGAAAAUGAUUAUCUAGACGCUGCACUCAAUACAGUUAUGCAAAUUCAUUUAACUGAACCUCCAGGAGAUAUAUUAGUAUUUUUAACUGGUCAAGAAGAAAUCGACUCUGGUUGUGAACUUCUUUAUGAACGUAUGAAAGCUUUAGGCUCUGAAGUACCUGAAUUAAUCAUUUUACCAGUUUAUGCAGCUUUACCAUCUGAAAUGCAAUCGAGAAUUUUUGAUCCUGCACCUCCAGGCUCCCGUAAAGUAGUGAUUGCUACAAAUAUUGCUGAAACAUCUUUAACAAUUGAUGGAAUUUAUUAUGUUAUUGAUCCAGGUUUUGUAAAACAAAAAGUGUACAGUAGUAAAUCUGGUAUGGAUCAACUUAUUGUCACACCAAUUUCACAGGCUCAAGCUAAACAACGUGCUGGACGUGCAGGUCGUACAGGUCCUGGAAAAUGUUAUCGUUUGUAUACUGAAAGAGCCUACAGAGAUGAAAUGUUAGCGACCAAUGUACCAGAGAUUCAAAGAACAAAUCUAGCAAGUACAGUUUUGCAGUUGAAAGCCAUGGGUAUAAAUGAUUUAUUGUCAUUUGACUUUAUGGAUCCUCCCCCAUUACAAACACUCGUCGCUGCUAUGGAAACUUUACAUGGUUUAUCUGCUCUGGAUGAUGAAGGAUUGUUGACACGUCUUGGAAGAAGGAUGGCCGAAUUUCCUCUUGAACCAAUGCUUUCUAAAAUGUUAAUUAUGUCAGUACAUUUACAAUGUUCUGAAGAAGUAUUAACUGUCGUUUCAAUGUUAUCUGUUCAAAAUGUUUUCUAUCGUCCUAAGGAGAAAACUGAAUUGGCUGAUCAACGUAAAGCGAAAUUUCAUCAACCUGAAGGUGAUCAUCUUACUCUAUUGGUUGUAUACAAUGCAUGGAAGAAUAAUAAAUUCUCUGCACCAUGGUGUUAUGACAAUUUUCUACAAGCAAGAACAUUAAAACGUGCUCAAGAUGUACGUAAACAAUUGCUUGGUAUUAUGGACAGGUAGGUAUUUACUGUUUAUUGUUUUAUUAUUGGAUUAAUUCUUCUAUAACAUAUUGUUAUUAGUAAGUCAAUAUUUACAGUAUGGGAAUUUGUGGAGAUUCUACUGUGAAAGUCAGUAGUUAUUAGCAUAAGAUUAAGGUUUUGUGAAGAUUAUGGAAUUUUGUUCUGUGGAUCCAAUUAUCACGAACUGAUCAGUAGUUGUUGAAACAUAAUCAAUGUUGUGUUGCAUAGCAGUGCUCAAUGUCGAACAACGUUUAUUCAUCAAGUCUACGGUGUACCUAAUAUUAGUACAUUUUCCUCUUGGUUUUUGUUUCAAUUCAUUUUUUUCUACAUAGUCUUCAUGUACCAUAAAUCUUGUUCUUUUAAUCCUGUUCUUGUUUUGUUUCGUAUUGUUUAGAAAUGUUUCAUCUAUUUGAAGACAUAUUAUCAUGUGUUUCUUUGUUACAUUUACGGUUUAUCUGAAUAGGAAUUUAAUUCAAACUGCUGUUUUUAUUUUUCUGGAUUAAGUUUUUUUUGUUCUUCGUGAAAACUAAUGGCAAAUAAUCCCCAGAGUAAGGUCGACAUUAUUUAACUAACUAAAUAUUGUUUUCUGUUUCUGAUCUCGUUUGGAAUCGAAAAGGUUAGUAUUGAAAGACAUGCCAAUACAGGUUGAAAUCGAUUUAACAUUGACUACAAUAAAUUCUAUUUAGGAAACUGACAAAAUAUUAUGGUCAAUUCAAUAAUCCGCGUAGGACAAACGCAAGAAAGUUAAUUAUGUAAAGCUUUAAUCGUCAAGGAAAAAACGUUUAUAAAUAAUAUUUAGAAUUUCAGGGAGCAUAUUUUAUGUUUGUUUAGUUAGUAUUUCUCACAUAUUAUAUCAUUUUUUAAAUCUUAAAUUAAUAUCGUGAAUCGAUAAAUGUUAGACCACUAUUGAAAACCUGGAAGCAAUGGAUGGCCGUUUCUUCUUAGUAUGGGUCCCCUCAGUAGUGCGCAUCCGCGAUCCCGCACGUGGUCUUACAUUCAUCCAUUCACAAUAUUAAUUCAAACUCAAUCUCCAUGACCCUCUACUGAUAAUUUUUCAAAUUGUAAGCAUCAACUUUAUUUCCAGUUACGAUUUUUGUUGUUUCAGUCUUAUUUAUUUCUUUAAACACAUAAAUAUUGGUACAAGGAGGCACCAAAUAUAUAUGCGCCACAUCCGGUCAUUUGAGUCGUGUGAGGGCUGGGAUAAUGCCUUGUUGCUCAGACUGAAGCACGGGGUUUUCUUAAGGGACCACUCCUUGAGCCUUUAACCUACGGGUAUAAUCCUCAAGACAGUGGGGCAACGUUAGGAGAUGCAGUCCCAUGGUAACCGGUGAUCAACAAUAGGUUCAUACGUCAUUUGUUUAUUCAGGAUCCUGGAGCCAAUGUGCACCGUUGGUUUGGGAUGAAAGUUUUCCAACUUUCCGAGAAAGGAUCCUCCAUAUCCACCGACCCGGUUAAAGUGCUGAACAUUCGCCCCUAAACAUCCUUGUACAACCGAAAGUGGGGAGAGUCCACUCUUCUUGAAAUGCUCUCUCAUCCCCACUUCCAGGGAAGUCCUACUCACUUCUCGCUGUGGAGGUGUUGUGUACGAAAUUAAGAGUCUUAUGUAAUAUAAAUCAUAUAUUUUUCUACUUAUUUCAGACAUAAACUUGAUGUAGUUUCAUGCGGUAAAAAGACUGCAUUAGCACAGAAAGCAAUUUUGUCUGGAUUCUUUCGUAAUGCUGCAAAGAAAGAUCCACAAGAAGGUUAUCGUACGCUGGUUGACCAACAAGUUGUUUAUAUUCAUCCAUCAUCUGCAUUAUUUAAUAGACAACCAGAUUGGGUUGUUUAUCAUGAACUAGUUAUGACUACUAAAGAGUAUAUGCGUGAAGUAACUACAAUCGAUCCAAGAUGGUUAGUAGAAUUUGCACCGAAUUUCUUCAAAUUUGGCGAUCCAACUAAAUUAUCACGUACUAAAAAGUCAAUGCGGAUUGAACCAUUGUUCAGUAAAUUUGAAGAGAAAGAUUCAUGGCGUAUUUCACGUGUUCCAAGGAAAUUUCAUGUUAAAGUUACAUUUUAAUAUUUAUUUAACUAACUUAUUGUUGUUCAACUUCUGUUUCAAUAUAGUAUUUUGUUUUCCUUUUAAGCAAACAUUUAUUUAUUUAUUUUGUACAGAUGUCAAAUGUAUUUUUAAAAAUUCACAUAAUUUACUAUUUAAAUCCUUAAUGGAAAUGAUUGUGAAAUGUAACAGUAUUGUUGUCCUGUUUUUUCUCUUUCUUUCUUUUUUUACAGAAGGAUCAGUAUACUAUUUGUAUUUUAUUAUUUUACCUAUGUAAUCGACUUGAAUUUGUAGUAAAGAUAUGUAUAGUUUUUCAUUGGUUUCAUAUUUUGAUGUUUUAGUUGUCUUAGUUAUAUGGGCAUGAACUUUGUGUAUUCUUACAAAGUUCUUUGUUGUCUUUUGUUUAUCUUGUUGUGAAUAGUGUCGCUAAUCACCACAAAUUUAAGAAGUUGCAUUUUAUUCACAUCAUUA